AUGUGGUUGUUUGCUGUCAUUUGUGUGAUGUGUAUGCUGGCCAGUCCAUCCCUGGCUGGUAUCAAAGAGCUCGAUUCCCACUUUAAUGACCCUAACCCAAACCCUAGAGGCCUACAGCCAGGUGCUGCAGUGGAUGUUGAUGCCAUUCCUUUGGAGUUCCACAAAGAAAACACAGUCACCAAUGACCUUGUGUUUGACGGCUUUGAGGAUGAAGAUUAUAUUGACUUUGAUAAGAUCCUAGCCGCAGGAAGUGAUGAUUAUAUUGAGGGGGAUGAGGUCGACGAGAUAGCCACACCAGCUCCAGACAUCGACAUCUUUGCAGAGUCCUCCGACCCAAAGAUCCGCAAAGCCAGACUCCUACGACUCUUCCAUGGUCGAUCUCGCCUUCAGCGUCUUAAUACGGUGAAUGCCCGCUUCGGCUUUAAUCUUUACAGAAGUCUGCGUAACGAUGUGAACCAGACAGACAACAUCCUGCUGGCACCUGCUGGAAUCUCCAUCGCAAUGGGGAUGAUGUCAUUAGGCGCUGGAUCUGAAACUCACCAUCAGAUCUACAAAGCAUUAGGAUUCGCUGAGUUUGUUAAUGCCAGCCACCACUAUGACAACACCACAGUUCAUAAGCUGUUCAGGAAGUUGACACACAGGCUGUUCAGGAGGAACUUUGGCUACACGCUUCGCUCCGUUAAUGAUGUCUACCUUAAAAAAAACGUAUCACUGAAAGAAACUUUCUGCACUGAAGUGAAGGCCUACUAUUUUGCUGAGCCGCAGUCAGUAGACUUCACAAAUCCAGCGUUCCUGAAUAAGGCUAACAGUCGCAUUGAAAAACUGACCAAAGGGUUAAUCAAGGAGCCGCUAAAAAGUGUGGAUCCAAACAUGGUUCUGAUGCUACUUAACUACCUGUAUUUCAAAGGUACAUGGGAGCAGAAAUUCCCAAAAGAAAUGACUUACUACCGAAACUUUAGAAUCAAUGAGAAAACAACCGUGCGUGUGCCAAUGAUGGCGAACAAGGGGAACUACCUGGCUGCUGCCGACCAUGAACUAGAGUGUGACAUCUUGCAGCUUCCAUACACCGGAAACAUCAGCAUGCUCAUUGCCUUGCCAAGGAAGAUCACUGGCAUGAGGACACUGGAGCAGCAGAUUUCCCCCACUGUUGUCAACAAGUGGCUCAAAAACAUGACAAACAGGACUCGAGAGGUGUUGUUACCUCGCUUUAAACUGGAGCAAAACUACGACCUGAUUGGAAGUCUGAAGAAGAUGGGACUCACUGACAUUUUCAAGGAGAGUGGAGAUUUCAGUAGAAUGACUUCAGAAAAGGUUGCCUUGAACUGGCUGAAGCACCAGGGAACCAUCACUGUGAACGAAGAGGGAACGGAAGCUGCUGCCUUGACUCAAGUUGGGUUCAUGCCGCUCUCCUCUCAGAUUCGCUUCACUGUGGAUCACCCGUUUCUCUUCCUGAUCUACGAGCACCGUACUGACUGUCUUGUGUUCAUUGGCCGGGUGGUAAAUCCUUCACAAAACUGAUACGCUAAAGAAUUCACAACUGAUAAUCCGGUUAUAAAUUCAGGCUUAGGUUUAAGAGCAUCUGACACAUCUCUAAUUUGAGCUUCUCAGGAGUGUUUUUAGACAAGAAAAUUAACAUUUAAACUUCUUAAAAUUGUUUAGAGUACUAAGUCUGUUUGAAUGCUUGUUAUUUGUCUCUUAAUGUUUUAUAACCAACAGCAAGGCAGGUGGAGAUGCAUGGAGACAACGUGGUGUUACUGCUGAUGCUCUAAUACCAAAAUAAUGU